GUAGAAAUCUAACAAAUACUGUCAUAACAGUAAGAUCAUAUGUAUCACACUGAUUGCAGAGUGCUUGUGUAAUAAAGCAGGUGUUAUUAACCGUACAGGCCUUGCUUUCUCAAUGUGAAUAAACUGCAGGUAAUGUUGAUAGCAACGUUCACAAUAAACGGCAUCCUGGCACACAUAUUCCAUAAUGAAAAAAGGAAUAACACUUUCCCUCUUUGUACAAAGCCCAGUUCACGAGUCAGCCUGUGGUAAUUUCAGUAAACUGGUUAAAUGGCUUUGAUGUUGAUUUGUCUUCACACUGAUAAAUGUCGCUGGAUUUCAUGGCACCUGUGCCCUUUUUCUCACAAAGAUGUGCCAGAUUCAUUUUAGUUCACCUGAACGUAAUCACUUGUUGAGUAGUUUUGCAUUUUUUUUGUGUUGGCCAAAAAAACACUGAGUCAUGGAAACUCUGUCAAGCAGAUGUAUGGCCAGACACUGGAAGUGUACAGGUAAGGGAACUACUGUGAGCCUCCAUCAGCCGUCAUCCAGAUGAGUAAGAUGACGAAGCUAUUAAGAAGACAGGCAGCGAGAGGGUGUGGGGAGAUCUCAGAAAUGACGAGGGAGGGAGGGUUGGGUGAGGGUUGGAGGUGGAUAAAGAGAGGGAGAGAGUGUGCGCCCCCCCCACCCCCCACCCCCUCUGAGGCGCACUGGGCACCUUUAACACUGACUGGAAAGCAGAGGAUCCAGUGUGAGGUGCACAGACCGUUAACAGCUGUUGUCCAGUGUCGUGGGUGUUGAUAGAGUCCAGUUCUCCUGUUGCUGUCAUGGGCUUUAGGGCGGUGCUGCUGUCCUUUCUCCUGGUGUCUCUCAGCUGCUCCAGAGGAGCCAUCAUCACAGGGGCCUGUGAGAAAGACACGCAGUGUGGAUUUGGUUUUUGCUGUGCCGUCAGUCUUUGGCUGAGGGGCCUUAGGAUGUGUGUCCCGAGAGGUGUGGAAGGGGACGAAUGCCACCCGUUUAGCCACAAGGUGCCCUACCCGGGGAAAAGGCAACAUCACACCUGCCCCUGUUUCCCCCACUUGGUGUGCACCCGUUACGGUGAAAGCAAGUAUAGAUGCACUGAAGACUUCAAAAACCUGGACUUUUAAUAGAUGCCCAACAUUGAGAUGAAAAAAAGCAGAGCCGAAACAUCAUCCUGAGUGAAGACUUAACAAUGCUGUGCGUCAGAAAUGCAUAUUUAAACUUCAAUGGCUGUGUUCUUUGUGUGUCUGUAUACACUAAAACACAUAGUUUGGAUUAUAUCAAUACACACAUCAAGGACAGAAACAGAAAUGUCUCUCCAAACAAGAACCACACCAGACAUCUGACACUUUUUACUUAAAAAAACAAAGAAGGUAUUUGUGAACAAUUGAAACAUUUGCUGUUUUGUUUUCAUGCUCACUUUCUGGUAAUUUAACAAGAGAAAUGAAUAAAUAUCACUGUUGAUAAAAGUAAACUAUAAUAACAUUGUUGUUGAAUGCUUGCUCUGUGGCCUUUUUUCAUGUUCAAUUUAUGUUACUUAAUUAAACAUAAUGUGUGUUGA